UAAUCCUCCAGGGAACGCCAGGACGAGACGGCUAUCCGGGCCCCCUCGGCAUGGACGGGAAGCCAGGCAUACCUGGGCCAAAAGGAAGCCAGGGUUUGCCAGGAGUUAAAGGAGAAAAGGGUGACCAAGGAGGCGUCGGCCCCAGGGGUCCUCCUGCAGAAGCCAUCUCUGCAGGCCUGCUCAGUAAUCAGAUUCAAAUGAAGGGAGAUCAAGGACAAGUGGGGCCUCCGGGCCCUCCAGGGCCCCCAGGGACUCCAGGCCCCAGGGGACCGCCCGGGAACACGGGGAGGGAUGGACCGAGGGGAUUCCCUGGAGAGCCGGGUGCUCCUGGACGUGAUGGCAUUGAGGGACCGAGAGGGCUCCCAGGCAUUCAGGGCGAUGACGGUGAAGAUGGCGGGCCAGGGCCACAGGGACCUCCAGGAAUAAAGGGAGAGCCUGGCGUGUCGGGUACUCCGGGAGAGAGGGGCAUCGACGGGCUCCCAGGGAUGAAGGGGGAGAAGGGCGAUUACGGAGGGCAUGGGCCUCAAGGAAUUAUGGGUUUACCUGGAGAAAAAGGAGCCCCUGGUUCAUCCGAGGGAAUUGACCUCACUGAAGAACUCCUCCACGCUCUUAGGGGACCUCCGGGCCCACCGGGAGAACCAGGACCUAAGGGAGAGGACGGCUUCCCUGGCAUACGCGGAACAGACGGAGCGCAGGGCCCACAUGGGGAGAGAGGAGAGGACGGGAGGCCAGGGUACCCAGGGGAGAAGGGAGAGAGGGGGGAGAUGGGUCUGUCCGGCCCAUCGGGUGUGGAUGGCCAGAAAGGAGAGAAGGGAGACGCUUGGAUUCAGGACAACCUGGCACAGAUCAUCUCACUGCCGGGACCUCCAGGGCCUCCUGGCCCCCCGGGGCCCCAGGGACACCAGGGCCAUGGAAUACCUGGCCCCAAGGGGGAGCCGGGCGAGGCGGGGAGAGGAGAGAAGGGAGAGGCCGGAGAGCAUGGCACCCCCGGCCCAAGAGGCGCUCCUGGUUCACCAGGUGCUGAGGGAUUAGUCGGCCUUCCAGGUGCCAAAGGGGAAAAAGGCAAACAAGGCCUGCCUGGAUUAGAUGGUUUCCCAGGGCUGAUGGGAGAGAAAGGGGACACGGGAGGCAGAGGAGAGAAGGGUGACCGCGGCCCGGUGGGGAAGAAGGGCAUGAAGGGACAGAAAGGCGAGCAGGGUCCUCCUGGACUGGACCAGCCCUGCCCUGUGGGUCGAGAUGGGCUGCCCAUAGCAGAAUGUUGGAACAAGUGAUCAUUGAUUUGGAAGCAUGGGAUUUGUACAUAUCGAUAUAUAUUUUGCAGCUAACACACUUUUUUGCCCUUGUUAACAUUUUCUAUUUAAUAUAUGGAGGAUUUAUAUAGGAUCUGUCUAUUUUUUUGGUGUUUUGUUUUUAUAUAAACUACAGCACUACGUUUGAAUAUUUGAAUGAAGGAUGAUUUUAUGGCAUUAUAGCAUGAUGCUUUGUAACAGACACCUGAAUGGAAACAUAUGGGAGACUAGUAAAUAACAGCGCUCAUAGGAUUGAUAGAGAAUGCUGCUACACCUCUUGAGGGAAAGAUAGGAGGUCAAAAAAUAACAAACACGACGCCGUAUGAUUAUUGGAAUAGGAUGCACAAUCUUACCUAUGCAACAUACAGUACACACCAAUAGUAUCACCCUCCUACAUUUUGUCUACCGGGCUUUCAGCAAGUGGUUUGAAUUCACGUUAAAGUGACCUCAGCUCUCAGGAAUUCUAUCUUUUCACAUUAAUCAUAUUGACAAAAAAACUCUGCAAAGCAAUAUAAUUAGAACAGAAAACACAAAACAGGUAAACUAGGAUAAUGCAGUGGUGAGGUAUGAAGUUGUAUUUUUGUUUGUUUUGUACUUUUUGAAUAAUGUGUGUUCUGAAAACUGCUUAGCUAUGGAAUCUUAACGAAAGUCAGUUUGAAUAUCAAGAUACUUUGUUAUUAACUGAUCAGUUUAAGAUUGUAAUGGUUGUUGAUGUAAUGUGCACAUAGCUGGUUGUAAAUAACAUGUCUAUAAUUUAGAAUUAUUGAGGACAUUUCUGUGUCUUAAGUAUGUUUGUCUUUUCAGUAUCAUUUGUGUAUAUUUUCUUUGAACAUACAUUUUGUUAAUUAUGUCUAUUACAAGUUCUGUGCAUCAAAUGGACAUUAUCGUUCAAUCCACACACAUCAUAUUUUAUCUUAUUUUUAUGGACACUCUGUGGAAUAUUUACUAAAAAUGUUGAUGCAGUACUGCACCUGUGCCUGCCAUAUUGUAGAAUACACCCAUCUUUCCUGGGACAUACAGUACAUAGGUUUUUUUUCUUUUUUUUUCUUUUUUUUUUAAUCUUUUCCAGUUGCUGUUGACGAAACUGUAAAGGGAUUUUCAUGGAGUAAAUCCAACAUACCAAAAUUUUCAGGAAACAGAGAUAAUAAAGAAAGUUCA